UCGCAGGGCCAGCGAGUGGUUCCCCGCGGGUCCGCGCGGCGCGCUGCACGCGAGGCGGCCGGAAGAGCUGCGGCCAGCUGGGAGGAGCUUCCGGCGGAAGAGGAGGGGAGAGGAGAGGAGAGGAGAGGAGAGGCGGGGCGAGGUGCAGGCGCAGAUGGCGCGAGGGAGGGACGCGCUGCUGGCGGCGACGCUGCUGCUGCUACUGGCGGCCACUGCGCAGUGUUUCCUGGGAUGUAUGAUGGAAGGAAUGAAUAUAUGACAACGACUGACAGAUGCGAGACUGGUGGACUAGUUUUCGAGUGUUUUCGAAGACACCAGGUGGGGUUGUUCGGGUCCGGCGGCGCGUAACGCCGAGGCGCAGUCACGGGGCUGGAUGGAUGGCGAUGGCGAGUGCGAGCUUAGCGCUGUGGUGCUGCAUUUGACGCAAAACUCCGGAGCGCAAGAGCACAAAACACGACCAUAUGGUUCUUAAAAGCAGGUUGUGUCUGAAAUUACAGUGUCCCUGAAGAAAAAUGGUCGUUAUUGUUGAGAAGAAGCGGACGACACGCCUUACAAAAAUGAAAACGUUGCUUAGUGUUAUUUAGUUAAAGAACUCGCAUUGUGAAAAGACAUUUUGUUAAGACUUUGCCAUUCUUUGGUGCCCAUGACUGACAGUUUCGCUUUGAAGAAAUACGAGACGAAUUUAUAAAUCAAUACGCUUUUAAAAUAAAAUUAUUUUUGUAUAUAUCGUACAAUCUUGUAUAAUACUGUUAAAUAUAAAAGAUAAAAAAUGAUACACUGUUAGCAUAAUUGAAGUU